UUAUUGGACUUAAUGCCUCUUAAGGUUUCAUCCAAUUCUAUGAUCCCGUGACUUGCAAAACACCCCAGAUGUGAAAUAGGAUGCUUUGUUACCUAACAUCACUAAGCACCAAGAAUAUUCUGCUGCUCUGUAGAUGAGGAAUAUACAUUUGAUGAAUGCAUGAAUGAACGGAUCAAAGGCAACGUAUAGGGGGAGGAGGAUGGAAGAGGAUGGCAAUGUGUUUGUGAAUGUAAUAUAAUGUGGAUUAAGAAUGAAAAUCCAGAUUGAAUUUGUUACACAGCUUCCGAGAACACUCAGGCCCGGCUUCCAAGUGCAAUCCUCCUGCCGGGAGUCAGCAGCCCACGCACAUGCGCACAGGGCGUUGCGCCAGGGCCGGUUCUUGCCUUGCCUGACCCUCUGCAGCCUCUGCUUUUCUGGAGCUUGUGGUGCGGUGUCGCCUUCUCCGCGGGCACGUUCCGUGGGUUGCCCUAAGUGCACAGCCUCUGGUCGAAAUGCCAUCGUCUUAAAGGUGUUCCAGCUGAACCAAUGUCUCCCAAACGCUUGCUCGCAACUGAGAAAAUGCCAAGCCAACUUUCUGCCUUCUCCUAUCCUACAUCCAGGCCUAAGAGAUUCCCUGGAGGAAAAAGACAGCAGCAAAUCCAUGUUUCUGCAAUUCUAUCUUCUCCUACCUGAGCCAGGGGUGUCAUCUCUUUCCCACCAGGACCACGACCUGUAUAAGGUAAUGUUGGGAGCAAGAGUGGUCAAAGGAAACAGGAGACAGCUGUCAACCUGGCAGGGACCUAAUAGUGCGGGAGAAAUCAUUCUUUUUCCUCGAUCUUUGCCAAUUAUACAGAAGAUCCACAAAUGCCAUUGCAGAUGAACCAUGUGACCAACAGAUCAGCAAAUGUGUUUUUAAAGGCAAAUAUGUAGUAAA